GCGCCACGCCUUCUUAACGGCUCCGCUUCCUCCAACACUACAUUCACCCGAUUCACUCGCUCUCUCUCUCUCCCUGACUCCCUCGCCGGCCGCCGGAAAUUCAAGAACCGCCCCGACCCGUCGAAAAUCCGGGUCUUUUCUACGCCGGAGAAAGAACGACGCAUGGAGGCGGAGAAGAUAUGGGGCGCGAUGCAGGGGCUGAAGCCGGCGUUCUUGAUGGUGGUGGUGCAGGCGGUGUUCGCCGGCGUUAAUGUCCUGUACAAAAUCGCGGCCUCCGACGGGAUGAAUCUCAGUGUUCUGGUCUGUUACCGCUUCCUCUUCGCCACCGGCUUCAUCGUCCCCGUCGCUUUACUCGCCGAAAGAAACAAGAGGCCAAAGCUAACAUGGACAAUUGUGUUGCUAGCAUUUCUAUGUGGUCUGUUUGGAGGAUCACUAGGGCAGAAUCUGUAUCUACAGAGUUUGGUAUACACUUCAGCAACCUAUGCAACUGCCAUCUUUAAUCUCAUCCCUGGGAUUACAUUCAUUGUUGCUGUCACUUUUAGGUUGGAGAGGUUGGGUUGGAAAACAGCAUCAGGCAAAGCAAAGGUUUUGGGAACAGUGUUUGGGAUUGGUGGGGCCAUGCUUUUGACCUUCUACAAAGGACCAGAGCUCAACCUAUGGAAGACCAAUAUUCACCUGCUGCACAGCUCACCACAUAACUCUAAUGUUCAGAGUAAACCUCUUCUGGGCACUCUUCUGGCCUUGAUUGGCUGUGUUUGCUACUCCUGUUGGCUGAUUCUCCAGGCAAAGGCCGCGGAGCGUUUCCCAUGCCCUUACUCGUUCACGGCUCUAACGAUGGUGUUCGGGUCGGUUCAAGCGUUUAUAUACGCAAUAUGUAGGGAGAGGGAUUUGAGGGAGUGGAAGUUAGGGUGGAAUAUCAGGCUCCUUGCUGCUGCAUAUGCUGGGAUUAUGGGUUCAGGGCUGAUGUUCACGGUGAUAGCGUGGGCCGUGCGCAUGAAGGGUCCCGUGUACGUCUCGGUUUUCAACCCUUUGAUGCUCGUGAUGGUCGCGCUUGCUGGCUCGUUGUGUUUGGAUGAGAGGCUACAUUUGGGAACAUUGCUUGGAGCUGGUUUGAUCAUAACAGGACUGUACAUUGUGCUGUGGGGGAAGGGGAGAGAGAUAAAGAGAGUGAGCCAGCUGGUGGCCGCGGCGGGGAGCGAGACGACGGAGGGCAAAGUCGGGCAGGUCGAGAUCGAUAUAACACCCACUCCGUCGUCCCGGAAAGACGGGAGCUGCCACGUCAGCAGCAGGAAGUCCAGCAUGGAUAUGAGGAGAGAUAACUGCAGUUUGGAAGGAGGAGGAGGAGGGGAAGAAGAAGGGAUUCUUGCAGAGGGAGGAAGGCCUUCUCUCACUGGUUCCGAGGUUCUUGGAGGCUUUUACUUGAUGAGGCGGCAAAGCUUGAAAGCGGCGGUGCUGAUGGUGGCGGUGGAGGCGGUUUUGACGGGUGUGAACGUGAUGCUGAAGUUGGCCGCUUCCGAUGGGAUGAGCCUCAGCGUUCUCGUCUUCUACCGCUUCUUUUUCGCCGCCUUCUUCAUCUCUCCCGUCGCCUUCCUCCUCGAAAGGGUGGAAGAGUUGGGGUUGAAGACAGCGGCGGGGAGAGCAAAGGUAUUGGGGACCAUAUUAUGCAUAGGCGGGGCAAUGCUCCUCACUUUUUACCACGGCCCGAAGUUCACCCUAUGGAAACCUCCCAUUCACCUUCUCCGCCGCCAUACCCCUCCUCCGCACGCGGCGGCAGCGGCACAAAGUAGCAAUCCAUUGUUGGGCUGUGUUCUGGCCGUGCUUGCAGUUCUUUUGUAUUCCUUCAUGCUCAUUCUCCAGGGGAUAUUGGGUGGUGGAGUGGUAUAUGGAGUGAGUACGUGGUGCGUCCACGCAAGAGGGCCAGUCUACGUGGCAGCAUUCACCCCUUUGUGGCUCCUCAUGAUGGCUCUCGCUGCCUUCCUUUUCUUGGACGAGAAUAUCUACCUGGGAACGGAUGGAGCCGUCAAUAGCAACACAGACACUGCAAACACAAUUCGAAAACACACCAGGAAAUGUUGGAAGGAAGAGAGCUAUAGUGGACUUGGAGUCCAUUUCAGAAGUUCCAUUGAGGAGGAGAACCACCAUAAGAGCACUAGCAUCAGCAAAGGUCUCAAAAUCCACAAUUCACAAUUGGGUGAAAAGAGCUUGACAUUGGGGCCUUCAAAGGCUCAGCGUGCUCAUCCUCUUCCCCUGAAUCAGGGACAACCUCCUCCACCUUUGGAAUACCUUCUACGAGAGGAUGAAGUUGCUCAAUCACCAAUUGCCCAUACGCGGAGAAGGUUUUUUCGUCCUCGACGGCCUUCUCAUGGUCGAAGUCAUCCACAGUCUCUCCAAUUACAAAAACGUAGCGCAGAUCUUCAAAAUCCAUGGAACUUCACCCACCCAAUUGUCUCGUUUAAAUUCGGUGCUCUGGUUGAGAGCAACUUGAUGAAGGUAUUAGAGAGGAGGAAUAAAGACGAAAGAGAGGAGGAAAACCCUAGAUCUAAGAGGUUUGUAGAAGACGAUGAUGUGAAGGGAGUGGCGUAGAAGUAAAUGAAAAAGUAGAUAGGUGGGCGGGCAAGGAGUAAAUAGAGAUAAUGACGAUGGAUGUGAGGGAGGGGUAUAAUUGACCUUUAGGAAUUAAUUCUUUUACUAAAUUUAGAAAUGUGAAGUUUUUUUGUGGACGGAUGAAAGAGGGAGUAUAAUUUUUGACAAAAAUUAUAAUAAAAUUAGUUCGUAUUU